AUGAGCUACAAGAAGAAUCGCGAACACGACCCGCUCGCACAGUCGAUUGGCAAGCCGACUCCGUUCGAUGCUCGUGGAAAUCCGCGCGUGACAUUCUCCACUCCCUCACGAAAACCAUCGAAGCGGAUUAUCCUCCCAAGCAGCGAGCCUGUGUAUGAGCUAUGGCAACUACGGGAAACAGUUGGUAAUCUUGAUGGAGCCGGCGAGGAGCCCAAAAUGGAAGAAAAGUCUCGAAAAAUUGCACUCUCUCGGAUGUACGCACACCCAAAACCGACUCCCGAGCAACAAGAGCUUAUUAUGCAAGUACUUUCCUACCGCGUUAGCCAGCUUGACGCGCUCAAUUGGAAUGCUGUCGAACCAACGGAGUAG